AUGUCGGUGAUCCGGUCAGUCCGGCCGUCCGCCUUCCGGCGCCAUCCGCCACCAAUCGCCGGCCGCCGCCUCAGAGUUCAACAUUUUUCAGAGACGCGACCGUCCGGCGAAGCUCAGCCAUCCGGCAAGAUAGACCCUCCGUCAGCCCAAUCCUCAGUCAUCCCCGUCGUCGUCCGCCCAAAACUCCGGCCAUCCGGCAAGAUAGACCCGACGUCGCUUGGAUGGACGAGCUCGCCGGAGACGAUGCCGGCGGCUGCACGCUGGCACAUGGCGGCGAGGGGUGUCGGGCGUGGUGGGGCGAUUUUGUAA